AGAGAGAGAGAGAGUGUGUCCUGUCUGUGGACUGUGGGGCAUUCCAUUUACUCACAUAGUCAUUCUGCCACCUCCUACACUCACAAACAAUCACACUACUCUCUCUCUCUCUCUCUCUCUCUGGUCAGGAGUUUCCCUCUUGGUCUCGACCAUGGAAGCUUACUCGACGCCGUUUUUGCUGGGUCUGCUAGCAUUUCUUGGAGUGCAGCUUCCUGUAAUCAUGGCGGGUGAUUGCCCCUUAAAUUUGACUGGAUCUAACCUCACUCUGGUGGCCUCAAUAUGCUCUACUAACGAUGACAGAGGAAAGUGUUGCCGCUACAUCAAUGCUUUUAUUGCAGUUUCUGUUGCUCACCAUGCAAAUGCCACAGGCAACCUAGGGGUUACUGCAAAUUUAUCUGAAACCUGCCUACAUUCCAUAUCAGAAACCUUGGGACUGUAUGGAGUUCCAAAAAAUGCAACAGCAUUUUGUGGGUUUGGGACAAAAAUUCCUGUUAAUUAUGUGUGUGAGGGUCGGACAACUGUCACCCAGAUGCUGCAGUCUCCAAAAUUCUUGGAUGUCACUGUAAAUUGCAAAUUGCCACUUUCAGAGGAUACUAAUUGCAGGAAAUGUGUAAAUGCUAGCAUCACGUACCUUCGUCAGCUGGUAGGAGCAGAAGAUAAUACGACACUGAGUACUUGCCGUGAUGCAACUUUCACUGCAAUUGCAAGCCAAGUUGAUGGUGUUUCAGUUGUUGAAAUUGCAAGUUGUUUUUUUGGAGUUCAAGGGCUUAGCAAUUUUCCAGUGCCAUCCCCACCUUCGCGCACGCCUGAGGCUUCUCCAACUCCAUUGGUUGCUGCGAGCCCAAACCCACUAGUGCUUGGCACACCCUUAACCAAAAACCACCAUCACUACCGCCUGACAUUGAUUCCAGGCAUUGGACUUGCAGUCACAGCAGCUGCUGUUAUGAUGCUAGUAGUCUUGGUAUUUCUUAUUCGCAGGAAAAGCAGAGAGCUGGAUGGUUCUGAAAAAUUAGAUAAGACAUCUUCAAAAGCUUUUCCUCCUUCUUGGCCAGCGCGAAAAUUUCAGGAAGGCCCUUCAUCCAUGUUCCGAAAAUUCAGCUAUAAGGAGAUAAAGAAGGCAACAGGCAGUUUUAACACCAUCAUUGGGCGUGGAGGAUUCGGAACAGUGUACAAAGCUCAAUUUAGUGAUGGCUUAGUGGCAGCAGUAAAACGUAUGAACAAAGUUUCAGAGCAGGGAGAUGAUGACUUCUGCAGAGAGAUUGAGCUUCUUGCUAGACUGCAUCAUCGCCACCUUGUCGCUCUAAGGGGUUUUUGCAUUGCAAAACAUGAGAGGUUUCUCUUGUAUGAGUAUAUGGCAAAUGGAAGCUUAAAGGAUCAUCUUCAUGCUCCAGGUAGAACUCCUCUCAGUUGGCGGACUAGAAUGCAGAUUGCAAUAGACGUGGCUAAUGCACUGGAGUACCUCCAUUUCUACUGUGAUCCUCCUCUGUGCCACAGAGAUAUUAAGUCCAGCAACAUUUUACUGGAUGAGAACUUCGUGGCUAAGGUUGCAGAUUUUGGCCUUGCACAUGCUUCAAAAGAUGGUUCUAUUUGCUUUGAACCAGUAAAUACUGAUAUCCGGGGAACUCCAGGUUAUAUGGAUCCUGAAUAUAUUGUCAGUCAAGAACUCACCGAGAAAAGUGAUGUUUACAGCUACGGCGUGCUACUGUUGGAGAUAGUGACCGGAAGACGUGCAAUACAAGACAACAAGAAUCUGGUGGAAUGGUCCCAAAUAUACACAACAUCAGAAUCACGUCUACCUGAGCUAGUGGACCCUUGUAUCAGUGAUUCAUUUGACUUAGACCAGCUUCAAACAUUAGUCUCAAUCGUGAGAUGGUGUACCCAGAGAGAAGGCCGAGCUAGGCCUUCAAUUAAACAGGUUCUUAGGCUUCUGUAUGAGAGUUCAGACCCAAUGCAAAGUGGUCUUUUAGAAGCAAUUGAAGAUGAAGAGUAUGAAGGAAAUGAAGGGAGAGGAAGGACAAGUAAGGGGAAAAUACAUAGGGCUGAUGCAAUUUUUCACAGUGGAGAUGGAAGAUAUCUUGCUUCUUCCUCGAGUACAUCUAGGUCAUAUUGUAGUAGGAGCUUUUUACUUGAAACUGGUUCUCCUCAAUCUCCUCACAAUAUACUAUCUAUUUGAAGCAAUCAUUUGGGUAGAAAGCACUCAAAGCAGCAGCACUUGGACUAAGUUGUUGAAGAUAUUGGAUGAGAAGGCUUGAAUUAGGCUGGGGAUAAUGUUUGGUUUUCAAUCCUUGUGAGGUAAAAGGUUUCCUCUUUCAAAGGCAUAUCAAAGAAUCAAAGAAUAAUAAUUACUGGCUUUGGUUAAACUUAUAAGGGGAAAAGGAAAUAGUAAGACUAGUCACCCUACUUUUUUUGGUUUAUUGAAGUUUUGGGAGAAGUGAAAAUAUUAGGUCGAUUUUACUACCAGUAUUAUACGGCAUGAAAUUGUACAAAUUCUGUUCGAGAUCAAUCAUUUAUGCCACUUUUAACUAGAAGAAAAGUCUUAUUAUCUGUAAUGUUGGUUUAAAUUGAUGCAGUUAUUGUUGAAUUACAUAUGUUAUACUUGCAACUUGUAGGGAAAUUGACAUUA